AUGGGCUCGAGCAGAUCACUGUGGGUCUGCUCGGAGCUCGUAGUGAGGCGACGGGGCAGGGAGAAUCCCAGCCGGCGUCGGGCCCUCAAUAUAGUGAGCAUGGUAACGGUGGGAUUCACCCAGAUCGAUUUGCAUCACAGCAGGGGCGCCUCGGCUGUUUUGGCCAGGAGCAUGGCUGUGGUGCACAUAAGUAUUUGCCUAAUGCAGGAACCCUGGGUAUACAGGGGCUGCAUUAGGGGCAUUGCGACCUGUGGCAGACUUUUCAAGUCCCCCACAGAGCCCAGUCCCAGGGCCGCGAUUGCGGUCAAUGAAUUAGAAGCGCAACUCAUGCCGGAAUUUUGUUCCAGGGACGUUGUGGCAGUUACGGUGGAUUUCCUCAAAUUCAUCACGGGUGAGACCGGGAGGGUGGUGGUGAGCUUAGUGUACUUCCCACAUGAAGAGGAGGGCUCGCUUCCGCCAGGACUUGUGGCUAGGCUGGUGGAAUACUGCCAAGAUAAGGGGCUGCCGCUUAUAGUGGGGUGCGACGCUAAUGGGCACCACACUGUUUGGGGGAGCACCAAUAUUAACAAUCGGGGCAAAAGGCUUCUGGAGUACCUAGUAGCCACUGACCUGGAGAUCCUGAACAGGGGCAACGAACCAACAUUUCAGAAUAUGCUUAGGCGUGAGAUAUUUGAUCUUACUCUAUGCUCGAGGAAUUUGGUUUCGGAGGUUGUCGGGUGGCAGGUCUCAUCGGAGCCCUCCCUCUCUGAUCACAGGCAGAUCGUCUUCAGGCUUGCCAAUAUGAGGCCUGAAACAAUCUAUAGAAGAAAUCCGAGAAGGACAGAUUGGGACUCGUUUCGAGAGGAUCUCUCCAAUGGUCUUUGCAGCUUCCCUAAGAGGCACGGGACCGCUGCUGAGGUAGAGCUCUGCGUAGAUCAUCUACAAAGGGCUUUAGUGGGCAGCUUUCGAAAAGAAUUGUCCAGCGAGAGCAGUUCGCUCUAG